GCCGUGCGGCUGUGAGUUCGUGCUGGUGAGACCGGCGGGAGACCCGACCGGACACCCGCUGCAGCCCGCGGAGAGAGUCCGGCAGAGGAGCCGGUUCACCGUCAGCACGAACAAGGAGUUGAUGGUGACUGCGUUGACGUUCAGGAAUAAAUACGCCAGUCGGCCGUACCUGCCAGAGGAGAUCAUCCCUGCUGAGCACAAGAAGCCCUUUUUCAGCAUCGACUCGGACGUGCUGUGGCCCGAGUUGUCUUCCUGCGAUGCCGAGUUCAGACCCGGAGGCGAGACCAUCGUCAGGUCGGAGGAGGGGCGAGCCGUGCUGACGCUGUCGCCCUCGGGGGAAGAAUUCUCCGUCGAGUUCACGUGCGGCCUCAGUCGGAGUCAGACUCGGCACCAGAGCACUCAGGGUAGCCCAGGCAGUCAGCAGCAGCCAGAGGUGGUGCACCAAUCCAACUCAGUGAUCCAGCAUCACUCCGGCUGCGCUGUCGCCGCCGCCUGGUGCUACCCUCUCUCCUUGGCUCGCCAUCUCUGGACGGCUCGUCUCUGUAAACCCGAAGACGUCGCCCAGGCACGCAGCAGAACAAACACGUCAGACAUAUCCGAUGUAGAAAGAAGGUCUCACCUUCCUCGGGCGCUGCCUCUCACGUGUGCGUCGCCUCACUGGCACAGGUGGAAGGUUACGGACUCCCUCGACAAAAAAGCACACACGGACCAAGAUCUUCCUGCAGAGCUGGUAAAAGUGAUGUGGUGUCACGGAGUCACGUACAGGAUACUGAGCGGAGCUGUCACAGUCGUGGAGAUUUCCCCGGGAGAUGGAUCAGUCAUCCGGUCUAACGGCGUCCUCGACACUUAUUUCAUUCAUCACAAACCUGAGCUCCUGUCAGGGCAGGUGAAAGAGGUAACGUAUCAUCUGAACAACCUUCCACCUGAUGUACCCGGACAGCUGUUCUCCGUAUCCUCCAUCGUGAGUCGGGCAAGCAGGAUCUUAACGUGCUACAAUGAGGCCAAACAAUCGCUGAAGCUCCCUGCCACACCCAGCUGCUUACAGGAGGGUUUCCAUUCCUCUAAACCAGCAAUGAUUGAAGAAAAUCUGUCCAACCGUGUAUCUGCUGAGCAGCAUGUGAAUGUCAGAGAGACAGCAGAAAGUCGGUCAGAUCUUGUAGCUGCAGAGCUGGAGAAGAUAAAGCGAUUCAACUUUCUGCUGGAGAACAACCACCUGCUCAGGACUGAGAAACGACGUGCAGAACCAGAAGGCAGCCAUGCAGAGGAGGCAGCUCAUGAAGCGGUGAGCGAGGACUGCAUCGCUGAAGCUCUUCGGAGGACGUCCAAAGCCAUACAGGAUAUUGAUGCUCUCAUAUCUGCAACAACGCCGACUUGAAAGAGUCACCAGAGGACUGGCAGCACUUCAUGUAUAUAAAAUGAUGUUGAACUGAAAAUAAAAGAUUUGUCUUCA